CUUUUAGUUAGAAUUCAGAAUUAGCCAAAAUAAAAUACAUAAUGUAAUCGCUUUUUUGAAGGUCGCGAUCUUUAUAUCUGUUUAUUGCUAGUCGACUUCAAUUAUGUUGUAAAGAUAUUUAGUGUGUAAAACUAAAGAAAAAAGCGAAAUAUCUGCAUAUUUCGUUUUUUAAUCAUGAAGGUAAGUGCAAGGAGCCCCAACGGCGAAAAGGAAAAGCAAUGGCCGCAAAUUUUAGCCAUAGUACUCGGUUCCAUUAUCCUCAUAUUAAGCGGAGUAUUAUUCGCCUGGCCAUCGCCAUUCAUACCGAAGAUCAAACAAGACCUUAACUACAACAUAACAGAAUCCCAAGCAUCCUGGUUCACCGUCAUACAACCUCUCGGUCUUUGCGUAGCCUCACCCUUCGUAGCAUCCCUACCGAACAUCAUAGGAAGAAAAACCUCCAUGCUCCUGGUCACCCUCCCUCUCACAACCAGUCUGCUCAUCAAAGCCUUCGCAACCAACCUGUGGCUGUUAUACUUCUCCCGACUCAUCAGCGGCGCCGGCGACGCCCUAAUCUUCGCCGCCCUCCCCGCCUACAUAGGCGAGGUAUCAGUCCCAUCAGUGAGAGGCAUCUGGGGCAACGCGCUGAUAAUCUUCCUCUUCCUCGGGCAGUUCCUGGUGAACGCUGUGGGCAGCUACUGCUCGAUCCGCCUCACCUCCUUCAUCUUCCUCUCGGUGCCCUUGGUCUACUGCUCGACGUUCGCCUUCAUGCCGGAGUCCCCGUACUUCCACGUCCUGCGAGGGAAGCACGAGGAGGCCAAGCGCAGCCUGCGGAUGCUGCGGCGCAAGCUGGACGUGGACAGCGAGUUCGAGGCUAUAAAGUACGCCGUGGAGAAGCAGGCAGAAGAGGCAGGGUCUUGGUGGGAUUUGGUGCGGGUGCGGGUGAACAGGAUGGCUUUGAGGGCCGGGUUGUUGUUGAGGAUAUCGCAGUCGUUCAGCGGGAUCUACGCGUUCGCCUCAUAUACGCAGCUGAUCUUCGAGAAGGCAGGCGGGUCGAUCGAGCCUCGGACGUCGGCCAUGCUGCAGUCGGGGUUGACUAUGUUUAUGUAUUCUUGCUCGUCGUACGGGUCGAAUAUGCUGGGCAGGAGGAGGUCGUUUAUGCUGUCGGUGUUGUUCGGCGCUGUCGUGUUGUUCGCCGAGGCGACUUACUUUCUCGUCGAUGAGCGGGCGGAUUUGGAUUUUAUGAAUUGGUUUCCGUUGGCGGGGAUGUUGUUGUUCGUUGUGGUGUCGUCGCCGGGUAUCGGAAUCCUGCCGACGUUGAUGACUACUGAAUUAUUCGCGACUAGCGUAAAAACUAAGGCUGUUUGCGUGGUUUCGAUGGUGUUUUCUUUGAUGAAUAUUAUUGUUAACUAUAGCUUUUAUUAUUUAGAUGUGGCUGUUGGUGGAUUGUACGGGCCUUUUUAUUUAUUUGCGUGUUGUAACGUCAUUUCGUUGAUUUUAUCUUAUUAUGUACUACCCGAAACUAAAGGGAAAACUUUGGAGGAGAUUCAAGAGGAUUUGAGAAAAAUGUAAAAUAUACUGUUCCACAAAAGUUAAGGAAGUUGACAAAUAUUGAGAUUAAUUUCAAUGUUGCAGGUUUUUUGAUCGCUAAAUUUAGUAGGAUUUGUAGAGGUAGGAACAAAAAAUCCACUUAGAUAUGAGAGAAAACAUUUAAUUUCGCAUAUUUAAAAAUUUGGUGAUCAAAAAGUCUGUAACUUUUAAAAUAAUCGCAAAAUUUGCGAACUUCCUUAACUUUUGUGGAGCAGUUUAUAUCGUAUAGAUUUGCUGUGAUCAGUUUUAUAAUAUUUUGUUUACUAUUUUUAAAUUUUU